GAAAGUCGCUAUAAAGGUAGGGAAGCCUGUCGAUGUGCGAUCAGUAGCGCGUAAACUCAUCAACGCGCCGACAGAUCGUUGUACUCUGUCAUUGACGAUCGCCUAUAUUUUUCAACUAUUUUUUGCAAUUCAUUGAAAGGGGAGAAAAAAAGUUUAUGGACUAGAGCAUUUCUUUGUUGCUCUUUUUAUCGAUGGCUGGACCAAUGGAGUUUGCAGUGAUCUUAUGCUGUCUGCUCAGCUUUAGCACAAUUCGUGGCAGCAGUGGCUUCUACUUUCCGGACCAAGUGAGUGCAAAAGCAAAGGCUGACAGCAAUGCCUGGUCUGACGGCUACGGCAAUUCUCAAGCCAAUGCAAAUAGCGAAGCUUUAGCAACAGGCGGAAAUAAUGGUGGCUCAGGAUAUUCUGAAUUUUAUGAGCCACCAAUUCAUGAUUACCAAGGUUACCAAGGUUACGGUGGACGGUAUCCUCCUCAAGGAUUUACUCCUGUGUACGAUGGACCACACCAGCAAGUAUACGAUCCACGACCACCGUAUUCUCCAUCCCCCGUUGGAGGGCAAUGGCAGUCCAACUCCAACGCCAACGCAAAUUCCCAAAAUUUCGGUAACACGGGGAGUUCGAUCUCCAAUGCUAUUGCAAACAGCAAUUCGUUAGGACCAAAUGGCGAGGCCAGUGCUGCUGCUGCGGCAGCCGCUGCUGGUACCAGCUUUGUUAAUGGAGUGCCGAUAGUUAGCGCUGCUGCAUCCGCUGCUGCUGCUUCUAGCCAUGGUGGUAGCUCGUCUGUUUCAUCAGCAAACUCUGAUCGCGGUCCGCGUUACCCAUCAGGAUUUCAGUACCAAAGGCCUCAAUAUCAAGGGUCUUACGAGCGUCCACCCAACGUAUAUAAUCAAUAUGGGCAUCAACCAAUAAAUCCCUGGCAGUACAGAAGUGGUGGUGAUGAUAUUGCUGAUGGGGUUGUCGUUGAAGCAGACUCCUCUUCUAGAAGAAGUAGUCAAACCAAUGAAAGCUCGAAGGUUGUCUUCAAAGACUGAACUUACAGUUAAAAAAACAAACUACAGACGAUUGCAUACGGUGUACAGUGAAUUUAUAAAUGUGCAUAUCUACAUAAGCGAGGACUUUUAAAUCAGUAUUAAGUUAUUGUAAGUUAUUUUGUAUACAUAAAUAAAUGUCAAGAGCUA